UCUAAGACCUGAAAGCAUCUAAAGAUAUGUAUGUGAAAUGGAUUCACUGAUCAAGCAACAAUUAUUCCUGGAACUCAAUGGUAUGGAGUCGGUAAAGGUAGCACCCCAGCUGAAGAAAACUGCAUUUAAAGUCACUUGCAGUCUCCUCUACGCAUUAUCAGAAGGAAAGGAAAAAGAUGCAUUAUUAGAGAAUUUUGCAAUUGCCCUCAAAGGAAUACGGUGCGUCCCUUUGAAUUUUCCAGGGACCUUGUAUAGAAAAUCAUUGAUUGCUCGAGCUAGGAUAAGAAAUUUGUUUACUCAGUUAAUUGCUAGGAGGAGAAGAGAAUUGGAAGAAGGGAAAGUGAGUUCUCAUGAAGAUAUUAUAUCAACUUUAGUCAGUCUGAGAGAUGAAGAUGGUAAACCCUUGUUAGAGGAAGAAAUUAUUGAUAAUCUUAUAACUCUAAUGAUGGCAAGCCAUGACACUAUUGCAAUUCUACUUAUCCAUUUUGUGAGACUCCGUGCUAGGGAUGCCGAAAUUUGUGAUAAAGUCCUUCAAGAGCAAAAGGAAGUUGUGAAGGCUAGUGAAGGAAGUGGUGGAAAGCUUAGUCGGCGAGAGGUGCAAAUGAUGAAAUACACAUGGAGUGUAGCUCAAGAAAUCAUGAGACUGACUCCUCCAGUUAUUGGCAAUUUCAGGCGUGCUUGGAGAGACACCAGGUUUGAUGGUUUUGAUAUCCCCAAAAGGAUGGCAGUGUAAGGUUUCGAGUGAAAAUUCCUGGUGUUGUGGGUAACCUCUGGCACGCAUUUGGAUGAUAAAAUAUUUGCAGAACCAGAAAAAAUUGAUCCAUCAAGAUUCCAGACCCUGACAAAGUCGAUGCCUCCAUACACCUACAUUCCUUUUGGAGCGGGUCAAAGAAUUUGUCCUGGGCCUUAAUUUGCUAGAGUGGAAGUGCUAUUGAUAAUUCACUAUUUGAUAACAACUUACAGGUGGACUGAGGAGAUUCCA